UCAAGUGCAUUUACCGCAGAAGGAGGUCAGUAAAGGGGAUGGUGCUGGUGCUAGUGGUAACACAGAUGUUAGCCAGGGAACAAUAUUUCUGAGUGGUGGAAGCAGUGUUGACGAGAACAUCCAUGACCCUACAGUACGGAGAACCUCCCAGCACGGUCGUGAAGGAGACGUUUACAACCAUUUCCCUGUACUUGAAUCGCUGCAUUUGCACAGUGUUGGCGUGAUCUGCAGUCCGCGUGGGCAUUCUACUGCAGAAGAACAAUCUAAUUCAGUACCACGACUCGUACAGACGCAAGCGGUGGCAGACGCUUAUUUACAACUACGUCUAGAUAAGAAACGGUCGACCCGCGACCUCUCAAGAGGUUUUGCAGCACUGCUGGCAGGAUCGGAUCGCCUUGAAGAAUUGGUUUUGACACAAAUAUGGACUCUAGGAGAGCACCUAGUACAUGAAGAUGAAUCUGGUAGUCAAGCACAAGAACAAUGCGCAGCAGGAGGCAAAAAUAAGGGCAUUUUGGAGGCGGGAGUGCGACAAGUUAGUGAUUAAGAAUGAGAAUGGGUGUCGUGCUCGUGUCUUUUUAGAUGAUUGAUUCUUGAAUUUGUUGCAUCUCAGUUGAGAAUCUUAAGUUGAGGAGUCAUGUCUUCUUCUCUAUCUCUAAAAGUCAUGGACUUCUCUACGGACCUUGGAAGUGACGAGCGUGAGACCCUAUGGUGGCAUAUGCGGUAACCCGACUUCUGUGGUGCAGCUGGGUCGAGCUUUCGCAUUCGCCAGGCUCCCAGUUUUGAGAAAUGUAAAACUCGAGUUCCCUGAUGGUUUCGCCUAUGUCAAUGCUUUUCUGUUGCGCGCUGGAAGGGAGCGGAGCAGUACUAGUAAAACUGCAGAUGGGGAUCUUCCGGGUUCAAGCACAACAAAUCCCAGUCCCUCGACAACAAAAACGACUUUACUACAUCUUCGCUCAUUAUCUAUCACGUACAUUUCUGGAGGAGGGUCUUGUAGUGGAGCAGGUGGAGUUACAGAACAAGGUCAAAAUGCAAAUCGUGUAGCUGGUCUUGCUUCCACGCUAGAGCUUCCAGCACCUACAGAUGGCGGUAGAUUUUCCUACAUAGAAGAAGAACAAGAGGAGAAAGAACCUUGCGGCGCUUUUAACAAUGGAAAUGGAGGUGGCGAAUCUUCUGAGGGAGACGCUUUCGAUCAAGACGGAGACCCUGAACAACACAAUUAAGGAUAGUAUCGAAGAUCCUGAACAACAUAAUUAAGGAGGCUAGUUGUAUCGCUAAAGCUGCAUUCAAAGCACAAUUAUCAUCCCUGGCACCUUCUCUACUCGAAAAAGAAGCCAAGAAUCAACUCAGGGUAGCUCUAACAUCACAGUGGACAUGGUCCAAUCUUCAACUUCUCCUUCCUACCCGAAAGUCUGCGGAAACUUGACUUGGAUUUCCGGAUGAACUCCAAGUCAACAAGGAAUUUCUUUCAAGGCCUUGGUGGUCUACGCCGACUGAGAGAACUGCACAUCAACAGUGUCCGGCUGUCCGAUUCAGAGUGCGGAAGAUAUAAUAACGGAGAUCAAACCGCUGGCAGAGGUGGUCCCAGAUUUUUGAGCGUGCAGAGCCUGUUAAAUCAAAUGCCUGAGCUGGAAUCCUUGGAGCUGAAUACGAUUCCGCAUAUAGACUAGACUGUGUUGAAGGAGUUGUCUAGCAGAAUUGUUGUGUAGAGGAUUUUCAGCCUACUCAAUCGUAGGUAAGUCAAAUAAGUUAUGAAGAAAAGUUCGAUUUUUAUCAAAACGUAUUGUUCUUUGGUACGAUUCGUUUUCUUUAGCACAGCCUCUUUUAUAUACAAGGAACAAGUUAGCAGAGAAGUAAUCCCUCUCAAAAACAUACUACCAGUGAGCAAUCUGCAAGUCUUUUUGCAAUUACCUAUAUCAUGAUGCUUCACAUCACUCAUUGUCAUUCUUAUAUUAUAAUCCAGUCCGUCUCUAGUCCGCCUAAGAACAAGAGACGGACUGGAUCAUAGUAACGGAUCUUCUAAUCCAGUCCUUCUCUAGUAAGCUAAGGAACAAGAAAAUUAACGUGCUCGAGAUUGUCUCGUAGUUGCAAUCCAGUCCGUCUCUAGUCAGCCUUAUGAUAAGCUAACGAAGAAAAUUAACGUGCUUUUUGUUUCUUUUGUACUCGAGAUUGUACUCGUAGUUGAUUAUUUUUUGUUUUGGAUCCAGCCGCCAGCCUGGAUUGUUAUUUGCGUUUCUUGCAUUUUCCUGACUGAGUGAUCUGAUUGUCUCUUUCUGAAAACCGUUCUACGUGUCUACACGGAUACGAAAAAAUGACCGUGGCUGGCUUUUUUUGAAACUAGGCGUUCAUGAAUUUACAAUUUGAAACUUGGCAUUG